GAGAGAGAGAGAGAGAGAGAGAGAGAGAGAGAGAGGAUGCAGCCAGGUGGAGGCCAGACACAUAUUUGUUAAUGCUCUUUCCUUCCCGGAUUUCUAUCUUUUUGCCUUUUUGUCUCGAGUCCCAGCAGCGAUGAACCUGUGACGGCCCUAUCUCAGAGAAUAACUUUUUUUUUACACAUCAUGAAAAGGACUGCUGAGACCUUUUGAGGCAUUUUUCUUUUCCUGCCACGAGAGUCUGUGUCAUGCUGUGAAGUGGAACAUCUUUAGUUAUUUCAGGCUGAAAGUCUCUCGUCUGCAAUCGGAAGAACAUCCACCAGAAACAGGGAACUAUCCUAUAUCCAGAUGAUUCUCUGAGAGUUUCUGUUUUUUUUUUUUUUUUUUUUUCUCAACGGAGCAUCUCGCACGCCACGAGGAGCUGUUUACAUUUUUGUAUUUUAUUCCAAAGAGCAAUAGGAGGUCUCUCUCUCUUUCUCUCUCUCUCUCUCUCUCUCUCUCUCUCUCUCUCUCUCUCUCUCUUCUCUCUCUCUCGGCCCAACUGGCAGGACGCCAACUCGUCAGAAUCGGAGACUGGCCACGUAGCUGUCAGAUGCGCCGGCUUUCUCGCUCCUUCACAGCGGUUCUUUCAUGGCUUGACACCCUAACUGUCGGCUAACCCCUUCCCUCCGCUCCCUUCCUCCCUUCCAACAUGUCCACCCACCUAAAGAAGUGAGAUUUCAGCUUCCUAACUUCCUCUCCCCCCCCUCCCCGCUCCUCCUCCGAAGCACCGAUCUCGUCUCCACAGGUGGGACUGUGCUGAUGCGAGAUGGCGGCCGGCGUGGCCACGUGGCUGCCGUUUGCGCGGGCCGCGGCGGUGGGAUGGCUCCCGUUGGCCAAGAAGACGAUGCCCAAACCUCCCGUGGACAAGACGUCCAAGUCAGACGAGAUCCUGUACGUCAACGUCAGCGGCGUCCGCUUUCAGACAUGGAAGAACACUCUGGAUCGCUAUCCGGAGACGCUGCUGGGUUCUUCGGAGAAAGAGUUUUUCUACAACGAGGAAACUCAGGAAUUCUUCUUCGACCGAGACCCCGAAAUGUUCCGCCACAUUCUGAACUUUUACCGCACGGGGAAGCUCCACUACCCCCGAAACGAGUGCAUCCAGGCCUUCGACGAAGAGCUGGCCUUCUACGGCAUCGUGCCGGAGAUCAUCGGAGACUGCUGCAUGGAGGAAUACCGCGACCGGAAGAAGGAGAACCAGGAGCGUCUGGCGGAGGACACCGAGGCCAACGAGGCGAUGGACGCCCCCCUGCCCCCCCACAGCACGUCUCGGGAGCGCCUGUGGCGAGCCUUCGAGAACCCCCACACCUCCACCAUGGCGCUGGUCUUCUACUACGUCACGGGCUUCUUCAUCGCGGUCUCCGUCAUCGCCAACGUGGUGGAGACGGUGCCCUGCCGGCCGCCCAAAGGCAGCGUCAAAGACCUUCCCUGCGGCGAGAAGUACCAGCUGGCGUUCUUCUGCAUGGACACUGCCUGCGUGCUCAUCUUCACCUUUGAGUACCUGAUGCGUCUGUUCGCGGCGCCGAGCCGCUGCAAGUUCAUGCGCUCGGUGAUGUCUGUGAUCGACGUGGUGGCCAUCAUGCCGUACUACAUCGGCCUGGUGAUGCCCGAGAACGAGGACGUGAGCGGCGCGUUCGUCACGCUGCGCGUCUUCCGCGUUUUCCGGAUCUUCAAGUUCUCGCGGCACUCGCAGGGUUUGAGGAUUUUGGGCUACACGCUGAAGAGCUGCGCCUCCGAGCUGGGCUUUCUGCUCUUCUCCCUCACCAUGGCCAUCAUCAUCUUCGCCACCGUCAUGUUCUACGCCGAGAAGGGCACCAAGGGCUCCACCUUCACCUCCAUCCCGGCCUCCUUCUGGUACACCAUCGUCACCAUGACUACGCUCGGGUACGGCGACAUGGUUCCCAACACCAUCGCGGGGAAGAUCUUCGGCUCCAUCUGCUCUCUGAGCGGCGUGCUGGUGAUCGCCCUGCCCGUGCCCGUCAUCGUGUCCAACUUCAGCCGCAUCUACCACCAGAACCAGAGGGCGGACAAGAUGAGAGCGCAGCAGAAAGUGCGUAUGGCUCGGAUCCGCAUGGCGAAGAAAGGAACCGUCAACGCCUUCCUCCAGUACAAAGAAGACCGAGCCAUGGGGGACCGGCACAGUGACAACACGACUGUGUGUGUGAAGAACAGAUCAGCGUUCGAGCAUCAACACAACCACCUGCUGCACUGUCUGGAGAAGACCACGAACCACGAGUUCACAAACGAGAUCAACUACAGCGAGCUCUGCAUAACGGAGUCCGUGGGCUACAGGACCAGUCGCAGCACCUCCCUGUCCAGCCAGCAGGGGGCGCAGAACAACUCCACCGGCUGCUGCCCGCGCCGCGCCAGGAGGAGAGCCGCGAUGCGAUUGGCUAACUCCACGGUGUCCGUCAGCCGCGGGAGCAUCCAGGAGCUGGACACGCUGCACAUCAAAAACACCUCCAUACCACCACAAACUCGUUCCAGUCUGAACGCCCAGAUGUGUGACCUGAAGCUGAACUGCGGGGAACCAGAUUUCAGCGCUGCCAUCAUCAGCAUCCCCACGCCACCCGCCAACUCGCCUGAUGAGAGCCUCCCCUCGUCGCCCGCGCCCGUCCCUGGCAUCCUGCGCAACACCCGGGCCACCGCAUACACCCACGACAACGUCAAAAUCUCCUCCUUAUAACCUCCGACCACGCCCUAGACUUCCCCCUCCAAACCCUGCCGCCCCACCAGCCAACCUCUCCGUGAACUCUGAACUUCCUUUGAACCUCUAAUCUUGAACCCAGGGAACUGCAAGCUGAGAUUUCGGGGACUACUCAGAUGGAUAUUUUGAGUACUGCUGGUUUGCUUUCACUUCCUCUCACCAUUUUGUGGAUUAAAGGAGAUAACAUGGAGACAGAAUGGCUUUCCAUAAAGGAGACAACCAGGCAACGGCAGCCAACUGGAGCAAAAAUCAAAGGCAAGGAAUUUGAAUAGGAACCGUAAUUGUUCUCCCAAAGACUUUCCCAAGUCUUAAGGAUCUCCUCCUCAUGCAUUUUACCUCAACGUGUGUUGGUGUACAAUGCAUAAGGAGGGGAUUUGCCUCCCUUUCACAGUUCUGACCUUUUGAAUCUCAUUGCACAAACCCCAGAGAGAGUUCAUCCAAUGGAAAAGAUGCCAAGACUCCCAAAGAAUGACCCCGAAGCCAACUGACAGGUUGAAUCAUUGGGUAAAUGUUGCAUCCUCCUCACCUUAAUCCUUAAGAGGAGGGCUACAAAAUGAUUGCUGCCGAGGACAACGGUCUUAUUUUUAAGUCUUAACCUGGCGUCAACGGACUGUUUUAUUUCUCAAAAGAGAAAUUUGCCUGUUGGUUUUUGAUGAAUCUGAAGGACUGCCGACCGCUGGUCUAACUCAUCUGUGAUUGGACAAAGAAGUGACGGAGAUGAUCUGUAUACAACCAAACAAUCCUCAGCGGCUUCAGAGGCCAUGGCUACAACUUUUUGAUUACUUUGGAUGUUUGUUGUUGUGGUUAAAACAGCAGGUGACGGCUAGCAGGCGUAUAGUGUUUGGCUUUACCAAACCAGGAUGGUUUCUUUUCUUUUACUGCGACAGACGGGAUCAACGCUGCUCAGUUGAGUGAAGUGUUGGAGCUCUUUUCCUUGAAAUGUAAAGGUUUUGUAGGUUAAAAGCCCAACAAUGGGUCAAGAUGUCUUAGAGGAGGAUGAAAAUGUAUCUCAAAUCAAAUGGAGUUCGGGAAUAUGUAUGGAUGAUUUCUCCACUGGCUCUUAUUCAGCUGCUGAAGACACUUCAGGUCGCUUUUUAGGAAAGUAAGGGAAACAUGAGCUAGAACUCUUGAGCUUUUAUCCAAGGUUGCAAGAGAUGAAAGAUUAAAAAAAUCUUGGAGGCAUGACCCAGACGCUGCUGAAACGAAUGAAUCUAACAUGUUAACCGAACUCUGAAAACUGGGUUUAACUGAUCUAUGCUGAGCCUGAAUACUGUUCACACAACGACACUGAGCUGAUCUUAACUUUAGGGACUAAACCGAGCCGUUCUAAGCAGCUGGACUAACAUGGUUUUCCACAAUGCGACUGUAGAGAGGACAAAGUUACUCUGGACUGGAAUAAUCUGGUUUGAUAUGGACAAAAUUACUCUGGACUGGAAUAAUCUGGUUUGAUGUGGACAAAGUUACUCUGGAUUGGAUUAAUCUGGUUUGAUGUGGACAAAAUUACUCUGGACUGGAAUAAUCUGGUCUGAUGUUGAUGUGGACAAAAUGACUCUGGAUUGGAUUAAUCUGGUCUGAUGUGGAUUUGUCUGUCUGGCUGUAGCUCAGAAGUGUUCGGACUAGGAACGAAAGCCUUUUACUUUUCAAAAUAUGCAACAUUACUACAAGCAGGAAAAUAGCAUCAACAAAUGAACAGAAUAAUAAUAACAAUUAUAAUGUGUGUGUUAUAAAAACUACAGUUAAUUAUUGCAGGGAACAUAUUGUAAAGUAACUAAGAAAUUAAUUUGUUGUGUGAUCUUUUCAGUGAGAGAGAGAAAGAGAACACAACAAGUAUUCUGCAAUAGAUUUUAAAAGGGAAAGGGAAAUGCAGCACCAGAAGCUCUUCAGCAUUCAAAUCACGUUUGUCCCGACGCCGUGCACUCUGGGAAGAAACACAUUAUUUUCCAACAAAUUCAUGAAGGUUGGAAAGAUCCACCCAAAGAUAUCAGCAUGUGUCAGUAUCACUUCAGUCUUAUUUAUCGGUCACUCUUUCAUUCAACCUUUCUUUAUACUCCAGAGAUUAUUGGGCCUCAUUCACGCAAUAUCUUCCUACGAUUUUUCUUAAAUUUGUUCUUAAGAAAGUCCCUAAGAAAAGUCUACGUCUGAUUCAUGAUGUGUUCUUAAACAGCAGAAUUGUUUGCAGGUGUGUUCUUAGAGUGAUAAAUCCCAAUGUCUUCGUAUAUGUAAAGCUCGUGCCCGUUGCUCCUGUGUAGCGUAGGUAAAGGCCCCGUUAAUUCACAUUAAAGGGCGCGAGAUGGCAGGGCCGUGUGCACACUUAGAGAAAUGUCGAAAAGACGUGGUAAAGACUGUGGAGGCCUCGACUCCAAAUGAAAGAAAAACUAAGAAGUUAGAAAAUACGAGACAUCGUAUUUAGUGCUAAGCAGCAAAUAAAACCGGUGCACGGAACGCAAUUACUAAACGAGAGAAAUAUUACAUUAUAAAUUAGAACGGAUAAAAAACGGUAUAACUACUUAUUUUGU